CGAAGGAUUUGGAAGGCGGUUUAAUCUGCGUUGUUGAACUCUGCAUCUUCCUUCUCUAUUACCAAGUCUACUUUUGCAAUGGGAAUUCACGGUUUGGCCAAACUUAUUGCAGAUGUGGCACCUGCAGCUAUCAAGGAGCAUGAUAUCAAAAGUUACUUUGGCCGAAAGGUGGCUGUUGACGCUUCCAUGUGCAUUUAUCAGUUCCUUAUUGCCGUACGACAGGAUGGCAACAUGCUGCAAAACGAGGACGGUGAAACCACGAGCCAUCUUAUGGGUAUGUUCUACCGUACCAUUCGCAUGAUAGAGCAUGGCAUUAAACCCGUUUAUGUGUUUGAUGGAAAGCCGCCACAGAUGAAGUCAGGUGAACUAGCCAAACGCAGCGAGCGUAGGGCAGAGGCAGAGAAGUUGCUUGAAGCUGCCGAGGAGGCUGGGGAGGUGGAGAACAUUGAGAAGUUUAACAAAAGACUUGUCAAAGUCACUAAACAGCACAAUGAGGAGUGCAAGAAAUUGCUUACCCUGAUGGGCGUUCCUUAUGUGGAUGCACCUUGUGAGGCUGAAGCCACAUGUGCAGCCUUGGUGAAAGCAGGGAAGGUGUAUGCUGCAGCCACUGAAGACAUGGAUGCCCUGACUUUUGGCACUCCUGUGCUGCUUAGGCACCUAACCGCAAGUGAAGCUAAAAAGCUGCCUAUUCAGGAGUUCCACCUAAACCGUGUUAUGCAGGACAUGGGUGUCUCACAUGAGCAAUUUGUGGAUCUCUGUAUCUUGCUUGGAAGUGAUUACUGUGAAACCAUCCGUGGCAUUGGACCCAAAAGGGCCAUUGACCUGAUCCGUCAGCAUAAGUCAAUUGAAGAGAUCGUAGAUAACAUUGACCUCAAAAAAUACCCCAUUCCGGAGAACUGGCUGCACAAGGAGGCCAGGCAGCUUUUCUUGGAACCAGAAGUAGUAGACACCGAGAGCACAGAGCUAAAGUGGAUAGAGCCCGAUGAAGAGGGAUUGGUGGCCUUCAUGUGUGCAGAGAAGCAGUUUAGCGAAGACCGCAUACGCAACGGGGCCAAAAAGUUGUCAAAGAACCGGCAAGGCAGCACACAGGGCCGGCUCGAUGACUUUUUCAAAGUGACAGGAUCCAUUAGCUCAACUAAAAGGAAAGAGGUAGAAUCCAAAGGAUCUGCCAAAAAGAAAGCCAAAACUGCAGGUACCCCCGCAGGAAAGUUUAAGAGGGGGAAAUGAAUGAGUUGGGAAACUAUCAAGAACUGAUGUGAAUGAUGUAUAAGCGCUAAAGCUCUGCGAAUAUGUGGUCAUUAUAUGAAAAAAAUAACCUUUAUCUUAUAAUAGGUAACGUUUAAUUGCUAAUGUUUGUGUUUAUGUUAAUUAAAAUAAAGAGAAAACAAGUUCUGUUGGUUUUUUUAA